GUUCCAUAUCUGGAGGAUGGUGCGCGGCGACUAGCUUGUGGCGCGAAACAACUGUAGGAGGCUAGUUAUAAAGAAAGUGCUUGCUAGGCCUGCGUGAUGGCAUCCGGACUAAAAAGAAAGAUAAAAGAAGAAAAAGAGGACGUUGACACGCAAUGGAUUGAAGAAACGAUGCGACCAGCCGGGUGGAGCAUUAACAAUUGGUAUACAGGGAAGGUGGUAUGUAACAAUGAUGAUCUUGUAACCAUCAAGUAUGAGGAUGGUAUAAUUUACACAGCGCUACCUACAAUUGAGGAAGUCAGUGAAGAUGAUGUUGAUAGAUUAAAAGAGGAUGACAAGGAUGGAAGUGCAGACCAUGAUGAUGGUUUUGUAUUUGAGAAAAAGUACAUAGUUCAUACAGACAGUAAAGACAAUAGAAGAGCAGAUGGUAACUACGAUGAUAAUAUUCAACACCAAGAUAACAUAACUACAGACAUUGAGGGUGAACCACAGGGAAGUGAAUAUGUUUUUCCAGAAAGUGAAGAUAUAUCAGGAGAUAUUACUUUGCAUAAACACCCUCAUCUUUUCCCUAAGGACUCCCUAGGAGAAAAUUCAUUUCAUCAGGAAGAGGGAGGCCUAAAUUCAAAGCCUGUUGAAGGUAUUACUGUCAUGCAAAAAAAUAAUACUAAAUAUGCAAGAUGUUGGGAUCAGAUUCAUUAUUGUAUGUUCUGUAACAAACUGCGAACAAAGCUGCCACGACAUCUCGCCGUUUCUCACAAAGACGAAGAAGCAGUGGCUGAAUGGUUAAAAGAAAGACGGAAAACAAAAAAAUUUACAAAACUGAAAAUAAUGCGGAAUAUAGGGAAUCAUUUACACAACUCACAUGUGCAGAGAAGUGGUGAAGGUGCUCUGCUGGUUGUAAACAGACCGGAUUCUAAAGCUAACCCUUUAGACUAUGUUCCUUGCGCAAGAUGCUACGGAUACUUUACCAAAAAGGAAAUCGGGAAGCACAGAUGCGCAGUAGAGAAGACAGAAGUAUCAUCUAUCAAUAAUUUUAUAAAUACUGAAAAAGAGGAUGUCAUCACAGUGCUACCUAUGUUUGGAAAAGACUAUGAAGAUAAAGCCAACAGUCAAAAAGAGGAUGAAAAUGAUGCAAAUGUGGAGAGUGAUGUCGAUGAUCAUGGUGUAUCUAAGGAAGAGUACAAAGUUGCUACUGACAAUGACAAUGAUGAUGCAGGAGCAACUAGUGAUGAAAAUACUCAACACCAAGAUAAGGAUCCCAUAACUACAGACAACAAUUGUGCUGAAAAUAGAAGCACUUAUUGUGAACAUGUUGUUUCUGAAGGUCAAAAGUCAACAAGCAACAUUUCCACUCAGACAUAUCCUCAUCAGUUCCCUAAGGAGUCAACAGCAGAAUGUUCAUUUCAUCAGGAGCAAGGUGUCAGAUCCAAGCCUGUUGAAGGAAUUACUGUUAUGAAAACAAAUAAUUCUAAAUCCGGACGACGUUUUGACAAAGUCUAUUAUUGUAUGUUCUGUAAAAUUCCACAAAAAAAACUUACACGACAUUUUAUUCACCGUCACAAAGAUGAGGAAGCAGUGUCAGAUUGGUUGACGGAAAAAAAUAAGCAGAUUAGAUUAUCAAAAUUGACCAAAAUGAGAAAUUUAGGGAAUCAUUUACACAACUCAGAGGUGAUAAGAAAUGGUAAAGGUGCUCUACUGGUCGUGCACAGACCAACGGGUGAAGCGAAUGCUCUGGAUUACGUGCCUUGUAAAAGUUGUUAUGGAUAUUUAGGCAAACGAGAUAUUUGGAAGCACAGGUGCCCUGUGCUGCAGGUUGAUACAAAGCAAACGAGAAAUAAGCGAGUUCGUGAGGGAAUGAUGCUUUUGUCGUCUCCGAAUGAAAUGAGGUGUAGUCUGACGAAAGUUUUAGAGGGAAUGAAUUUUGAUGAGGUUCGAAAAGUUAUAAGAGGAGAUGAUUUGCUGCUUCAGCUGGGUGAUAAACUCUGCUCAAAUCACAGGCCUGAACAAGAUAACUUUGAGACGACAAGAAAUAAGCUUAGGGAGGUUGGCCGUCUUGUGAUAGCUUUCAGGAAAGUAAGUAAAGCUGGCAGUGCAAGUCUGAGCACUUUAAUUGAUCCUGAAAAUUUCACCGACGUGGUCACCGCAGCAAAGUCGAUUGCUGGAUAUGCAGAGGACACUCAGAUUUACAGUAGACCCAGCUUAGCACUUAAGUUAGGGGGCACAUUGAAAAUGUGUUGUCUUAUACAAAAGGGAAAUGCUAUCAUAAAUGGAGAUAAAUAUUUAGAGGAGAAGUGCCAAGAAUCACAAGAACUUUACACUCAUAGAUGGGCAGAGGAGGUAUCUAAUCAAGCCCUUUACACACUUCAUAAAAGAAGAAGAAACAAUCCCAAAAUGAGACUCAUCAGUGAAUUAGAGGUUGAUGGAUUACAGAACACAGAUGAACCGCAGAAGAUAGAUGCGGGAAAGCGUAGGAAAAAACAGCGGUUAAAUAUGUCAAAAACUAAGACAAAAAUAGUAAUUAAGAGAAAGUGGAGUAAUGCAGAAAGAGUAGCAGUAAUGAAACAUUUAAAGAAGAAUAUUUUAAUGGGGAGAAUCCCAGGCAAAGCAGAAAUUGAAAAGUGCCAGAAAAAAGAAAAAUGUCUGCAAACAAGAUCAUGGAGAAACAUAAAGGAUUAUUGCAGAAAUAAAAUCACAAUUUCAACAGCUUGCAAGGUAUGUAAAGAAGCAAACGUUGACAAAGGUAAAGAAAGUAAUCCUGCAUAUGUAAAUCAGGAAAAGAAUGCCAGGGAAGAACAUUAUGAUAAUUGCAAGGAACAAGACAAAAGUGAUGCAGCAGUCACUAUGCAGGAAGUAGAAGAGAGCUCUGAAGAAUCACAGGCAAUGAAACUACUGAAUAGGAUAGCAGAACCAGAGCAACCAAGUGAUGUUAUGAAAUCACACAACCAAAAUUCAGAUUCUCAGUCAACUGUUAGUGAGGUCUUUCCUUACUUGCCUGUGACAACAUCCAACAACAAUUGCCCACCAGAGGCAAUGGAAGAACUGAUUAAAGUAGAGAAGCCAGAGCAACCAAGUAAUGUUAUAAGAUCAGUCAAUUGUAAUUCAGAUUCUAAGUCAGUUGUAAGUGAGGUCUUUCCUCCUUUGCCCAUCACAUCAUCCAACAACGAUUGCCCAUCAGAGGCAAUGGAAUUACUAAUUAACAUAGAGAAACCAGAGCAACCACCAAGUGAUGUUAUGAGAUCAGUCAAUUGCAAUUCAGAUUCUGAGUCAGUUGUAAGUGAGGUCUUUCCUAAUUUGUCCAUGACAUUAUCCAACAAUGAUUGCCCACUCGAGGCAAUAGAAGUACUGAAUAACAUAGAGGAACCAGAGCAACUAAAUGAAGUUAGGAGAUCAGACAAUUGCAAUUCAAAUUCUGAGUCAGUUGUAAGUGAGAUCUUUCCUCAUUUGCCCAUGACAUCAUCCAAGAAUGAUUGCCCACCAGAGGCAAUGAAAGUACUAAAUGACAUAGAGGAACCAAAGCAACUAAAUGAUGUUAUUAGAUCAGACAAUUGCAAUUCAGAUUCUGAGUCAGUUGUAAGUGAGAUCUUUCCUCAUUUGCCCAUGACAUCAUCCAACAAUGAUUGCCCACCAGAGGCAAUGAAAGUACUGAAUAACAUAGAGGAACCAAAGCAACUAAAUGAUGUUAUGAGAUCAGACAAUUGCAAUUCAGAUUCUGAGUCAGUUGUGAGUGAGGUCUUUCCUCAUUUGCCCAUGACAUCAUCCAAGAAUGAUUGCCCACCAGAGGCAAUGAAAGUACUGAAUGACAUAGAGGAAACAAAGCAACUAAAUGAUGUUAUGAGAUCAGACAAUUGCAAUUCAGAUUCUGAGUCAGUUGUAAGUGAGGUCUUUCCUCAUUUGCUCAUGACAUCAUCCAACAAUGAUUGCCCACCAGAGGCAAUGAAAGUACUGGAUAACAUAGAGGAACCAGAGCAACUAAAUGGGGUUAGAUCAGGCAAUUGUAAUUCAAUUGUAGGUGAAGACAUUCUUUCCACAAAGAAAACAUCAUCCAAAAGACCUUUUAGGUAUUGUGUGUUUUGUAACAAAUACCAAUCAAAAUUGUCUAGACAUAUUAGCGUAAGCCACCAAAGUAUUGAGCGUGUACGAUUGGCAUUACAACUGCCAAAAGAAGACAGAAUUGCUGUAUUUGAACUGUUCAAAAGAGAAGGAAUUCUGAAGGUAAAUAGCAUGCAAGCAACACUAGGUGCACCAAGACAUGAAAGGGAGAGGACUCCAAAAUGUAAGAAGAGUUUGGAGUCGGUAAAGUGUCCCGGAUGCCUAGCAGUUCUGUCUAAACAGUGUUUUAAGCGCCACAUUCGGAAUUGGUGUUCUUCAAAAAUUCAAAGGUACAAAAAGGCUUUAAGUUUGCAUAAGACCUUGUUGAGCUAUAAGGACGAACAUGAGCAACGAGGUGAUGUUAUGAAAUCAAAGUCAGCUGUAAGUGAGGUCUUUCCUCAUUUACCCAUGACAUCAUCCAACAACGAAUUCCCACCAGAGGCAAUACAUUUGCUGAAUAACAUAGAGGAACCAGAGCAACUAAAUGGGAUUCGAUCAGGCAGUUGUAAUUCAAUUGUAGGUGAAGGCAUUCAUUCCACAAAGAAAACAUCCAAAAAACCUCUUAGGUAUUGUGUGUUUUGCAACAAAUACCAAUCAAAAUUGUCUAGACAUAUUAGCGUAAGCCACCAAAGUAUUGAGCGUGUGCGGUUGGCAUUACAACUGCCAAAAGAAGACAGAAUUGCUGUAUUUGAACUGUUCAAAAGAGAAGGAAUUCUGAAGGUGAAUAGCAUGCGAGCAAUACUAGGUGCACCAAGAUGUGAAAGGGAGAGGACUCCAAAAUGUAAGAAGAGUUUGGAGUCUGUAAAGUGUCCAGGAUGCCAAGCAGUUCUGUCUAAACGGACUUUUAACCGCCACAUGCGGGAUAGGUGUUCUUCAAAAGUUCAAGGGUACAAAAAUGCUUUAAGUUUCCAAUCGACCUUGUUGAGCUAUAAGGAUGAGUAUGGGCAAGAAUUUGUUGAUAACAUUCUUUCCCGAUUUAAUGCAGACAACAGAACAGAUAGACUAUGUGUUAUUGACCCCAUGUUGGUGGAAAUUGGAAGGAGAUUAUGGGGGAAACAAAAACGAAACAAUGACAAUGAAUUAAAUGCAUGUGAAUCUGUGAUAGCAGAUAUGCGCCAGUUAGCAUCCCUAUACAUUUUCUUUAAAGAUUCAGAAAAAAGUCUGGGAGAACUGACAGUAAUGAAAGGAAAUAUUAGUGACAUGUUGCGAAGCGGUAACUUCCAACAUUUAGAGAAUGCAGUGAGAAAUUAUGCAAGAAAUAAUACAAAAUCCCAGUCGGCAGGAUUGAAACAAGUACUCUAUGACUUGCUAAAAUUUGCCAGUAAAAUUGUGAAGGCAAUUUACCUAUUAGAGGAUGAAGACUCCCUUGCUGCUGAAGUUGAUAAAUUUGUUGCUGAUCUUGAAAUAAACAAAGACAUUGUGUUUGGAUAUGCUUUGGCAAACAAGCAAACCAAAGAUGUGCUAAGAAUACCCAAAUCUUCUUCUUUAGGUCAACACACUGACGUUAAAACCUGUACAGUAAACAAGGAAACUGAAGUUGUGAUAGAAAUACCCAGUUCUUCAGGCCGCAAGUAUUCAAAAUGGAAUAAGUGUGAAGAAGAUGUAGUUUUAAAGUACUUUUCAGCUUACCUGACGGGAGAAGCUGACAAGAAAAUUCCAGGGAUGAAAGACAUUGAGCAGUUUUUAGAGAGCCAGCCACACUUCAGACAUGAUGUUCGUACUGUGCACACAAAGGUGAUGAAUGCGGUUUACAAACAGGAAAGAAUGAUAAAAGCAGGCAUUAGCAAGAAAUGACAAAAAGCACACAAAUUUCUGAUUUCACAAAGUGCACAAACCCAUGUAAAUUGUACUCUAUUUACUGAAGACACACCACUAUUCUCAUACAUUUUUGUUGCAUGGUACAGGUGGCUGGAGAGCAGGGGUUUUCGUCAGGCCAAUCCCCUUUGCCACCUAUCUCACCUAAUAAUGGAAAUAAUUUAUUUUUGUUAUAUAUUCUUGGUAAAAUAUAAGGUCAUCAGCGAAGUAUCGCAGUCAUAUGAUGAAAUUCGCCAAACUAAAGAUUAUAAUUUUAAUUAAAAGUAGUGAGCCCCACAAUAAUGUCUUCCCCACACACCCCGUCCCCAACAUAUUUUGAAAGAAAGUUUUAUCAAUGCGUUUGUGAUAGGGGGUGCUUUCACAAGUUGGUAUAUGUGCUAAAACAGCUUAAAUUGCCCAGGUUCCGAAGAAACCAGAAGUCAGAACCCUAGAUCCCAUUGGUUCCCACCAAAAAUUGUCAGACUUUGCUUCACCCUACCCCUUCCCCACAAUUGGGUGGGGAAGGGGUGGAAAAACAAUUCUUGAUGGAAUUCAGCUUUGUUCUACACUUAUAGGAGAUUUAAUGUUAGAAACCAACACAUUAAAUAAUGUUAUCCUAAACAUUUUGUAGUUUGCAGUUGUUGUUAUAUUUGUAACCUUUGUUAUUUUUUCUUGAAUAAAACAAUAACGCUGUUAAAGUCAGUCAAAG